AUGGCCGUCUUCCUGGUCAACGUUUUACUGCAGAUCAGCAAUGUUCUUACUUUUGGGGAUAUUUGCCGAAUUCUUUGGUGCGGAAAUAGUGGUUCUACUAUUUCUACUGCUCACCCCGCACUUGAAGGCAGUUGGUGUGGAAAUGAAAAAUGGUGUCAUGCUGGUCAUUGUGGAGAGUGGCAUUCAGAAAUGGGAGCCUAUCCUGUUGUAACUGAUGGAAAUUGGUCAGAAUGGACUUCUUCCGAAAAGCAGUGCCCUAUUACUCAAUGUCAGAUUACUGGAAGUAUCGCAAUAAUUAGUCAAAUGAGAACUUGUACAGCACCUGCUCCAAACAAUGGAGGGAAGCCUUGUACAGGCUCUAAUGUGAGAGGCAUUGUUUGUGGAGGAAUUGCCAAAUCGACAAUUUGUGAAGGCUUUACUAGGCAAGAAUAUGGGGACAGGCUUUGUACAGCUAUAGCACAUGACCAAAUAAGAGCUGACAGACAACUUAGCGGAACUAGCUUUUUGCAUGCAACACAGCCAUGUAAAAUUUGGUGUCAUGUUCGGGAUUCUGAAUUGAUACGAAAUAAAGGACAAUUCCCAAAUGGCUCUCCCUGCGGUCCUGGCCAGCACUGUGUUGGUGGUGUUUGCCUUCAAUUAAAUUGUGAUGGCCAUGGACUUGUUCAAGGCGCUGAAGAUUGCCCUGAUGAAGAAUCACUUCUUAGAUUAUCAUCGAAUGAACACAAAACGGUUGAACGCAAAAGGGAAUCAGUUAAAUGGGAGCAAUGGGGACAAUGGUCUAUUUGUUCUUUGACAUGUAGAAUUUCUGAGAAUAAUAACGGUGUUCAAGAACGGAGUAGAAAAUGUCGAUCCCCAACACAAACGGAAUGUAUAGGAAAAUCACUCGAAGUUCGUUCAUGCAACCCAUCUCCCCCCAUUUGUAAACCUGAGCCAUCUUACUCCGACUGGUCAGAAUGGUCAAACUGCUCGGUUGCAGAAUGUGGACAAAACGGCAUUCGAAGGAGAACACGCGAGUGUCAAUCUGGCCAUUGCAUAGAGCCUUUAAAUGAAGAAGAGAAGUGUAAACAAAAAGAAUGUGCUCAUUGGGAAGAGUGGGGACUAUGGGGAGAUUGUAAAGUUGAAAAAUGUGGAGAACAAGGACAAAGAAUGAGGCAAAGAAAUUGUUCGGUCGAAGAUUAUAAAGGAAAUUCCUCAAUGGGAUGUGCUGGCGAAUCUUUUCAGAACGAAACUUGUAUUAGCGACAUAAACAGCAUUACAAGUUUAGAUUGUCCACUUAAAGGAGGAGAAGCUUCUGUAGAUGGACAAUGGGGAAAAUGGCAUCCAUGUUCUGUUAGUUGUGGAAUUGGUUUUCAAUUUAGAGAACGUAUGUGUGGGGACAAACCUUGUCCUGGAGGGGGAAAACAAGCUAGAACAUGUCAUGCACAGGGUUUCUGUCCCGGUUCAAUAAUAGAGCAACGUCCAUGUACACUUUCAAAUAACGAUGACCCUAUGCAGUGUGCUGCUAUAGUUGGUGGAUGGUCAUCUUGGUCAGAAUGGUCUCAAUGCUCCCAAGAUUGUGGCCAAAAAGGUCAUCGUGUCAGGAACAGAAUGUGUGCCAAUCCUUUACCUUCCAACCGAGGUGCCUAUUGUGUUGGAUUUUCUUUUGAUCAAACUCCUUGUGAUCCUCCCAAAGCAAAAUGUCAGGGUCCCCAAAUUGAUGGAAAUUGGAGUGCUUGGAGUAAAUGGUCACAAUGUUCUAAUCCCUGCAUUAAUGGACAACGUUCUAGAACUAGGUAUUGCUCAAAUCCUAGACCAAAAAAUGGUGGUAGAAAUUGUUCAGGCAGUGAUUUCGAGUUACAAGCAUGUUCAGAGCCUACAAUUUGCGGUCUAUCACUAAAUAAUACCUCACUUUCUAACAACUCACUUUCACCCUCCACCUCACUAAUUCCACAAUGGUCUUCUUGGACAGCCUGGUCAAAUUGUAGUUCAGAAAGUUGUGGUUUUGCCCUUCGCAGGAGAAAUAGGCAAUGUAUUUUAUUGGAGAAUGAAAAGAGGCUUUAUUGUGAGGGUGUAGCACAUCAAAGUAUGGAAUGUGGAAAUGGGAGAGCUUGUGAAAUGCCAUCAAUAAAUGGCCGUUGGUCUGAAUGGAGUGAUUGGUCAUCCAAUUGUGAAUGGAGUGGAUGUAUUGGGUUUGACCCCAAAAAUGAUUUGGAUAUAGAAGAAAAGAAUGAUUCUAUCCAACAAUUUUUUGGAAGAUAUGGAGAAACGGGGGAUGACAUAAUCGAGGAUGAAUUAGCAGCAGAAAAUAACAUAACAUUAAUUAAUGCACUGGCACAAGCACAAUUGGCACGAACACUUAAUAUUCGCACAAGAACGCGCACAUGUUACGGGCCUACACUUGGAGGAAUUCCUUGUUUUGGAAUUGCUUCACAAAAAUCUCUUUGUCCACAAAUUGAAUCAAAAAAUGAGAAAUGUAUUAAUUCAAGUAUUUCACAAUUAUUGGCACACAUUUGGAAUGCUGAUUUUUCUGCUCUUCAAUUUAUUCUUAAAUUGUGA